GCUCUCUCUAUCUUUUCGUUUUUAUCUUUUUGUCUUGUUUCAUAUAUCUCUACUGGUCGGUUUUGUCGCACUACUCAGUUUAUCCACCAGCUGGCGUGUCUUGGUAAUUUAUAUUUCACCGUCCCGAGCACCCGUCUUGCUAUUUAGCUUCAACUGUUCAUACGUGGGCAUAUCUUAGCUAUAUAUUUCCGCUCCCUGCCUUGAAAAAUCCUUGCUGCUCGUUUUCAAGUUCCAAGAGACUGGAGUCUGUCCUACAACUGCCCUUUGCGAUCAUCUAUAACUCCGUGAUAGGCUUUGGGUUUUAUCCAUACCCAAGAUUUGCUUGGCGGCUCCAAGUGUUCCCUCCACUUACUUAUACUCAGAUCGCCACCAAGUACCGCCAUGGACGAACGACAUCCACAAAAAGAAUCCCCAAGGCCAGUGGCUCUCACCAAUGCACAGGAAACCCUCACCGGAGGAGUGGAAGAGAAGAAGGGCGUGAAGGAGCAAGUGACUUCUUCAAGUUCUGAUACCGACGGACCUGAAGUUGUCGACAGCUCCGAUCAUGAACCAGGGCCAGAACAGGACAAGCCUCAUCCUGGUGGCGACUCCGCCUUGUCUCAGCCCUAUCGCACUCUUUCUUCGUCCCGGGUCCAUACGGCUUGUGUUGUCGCAAGGGCGGAUCGUAGGGGGCUCUUGGCUAGCUUCGCUUUCAUUCCCGAGGUUGAGCGUCCUGUUGAGUACAAGAACAAGACAAAAUGGAUGAUCACGACCAUAGUUGCCCUCGCAGCUGCUGGCGCCCCUUUUGGCAGUGGCAUCUUUCUUCCUGCUCUUGAACUGAUGGCUGAUGACCUACAUACAUCGCCAACUAUCACCAACUUGGCCGUUGCCUUGUACAUGCUAGCUAUGUCAAUAUUUCCCCUCUGGUGGUCAUCAUUCUCGGAAACGUUAGGCCGACGGACGAUUUACAUUGCCUCUUUCACGUUGUUUGUUGUCUUUUCGGUCCUGAGUGCUGUCAGCGUAAAUACUGCCAUGCUUGUGAUAAUGCGCCUUCUUGCUGGAGGAGCAUCAGCAUCCGUACAAGCCGUCGGCGCUGGCACUAUCGCCGACAUUUGGAAGCCAGCAGAGCGCGGACGAGCCAUGGGAAUCUUCUAUCUCGGCCCCCUAAUCGGCCCUCUGUUGUCCCCCAUCAUCGGCGGAGCACUUUCCCAGGGGUUCGGGUGGCGAUCAACCAUGUGGUUCCUCGCCAUCUACGGCAGCUGCACUUUGAUCCUGAUCAUCUUCGCCCUACCCGAGACGCUCACCAAGCGCAAGCCCCUUCCACCGCCGCCCGCUGAGAACAACGAGCUCAAGCGUGUCUCGACACGCCAGUCUGUCGCCGAACACUCUAAACGCGUUGGCGCUAUCACUAGGCGCUUCAUCAUCGAACCUCUCGAGGUACUCCUUUACCUGCGAUAUCCCCCAGUUCUGGUGUCUGUUUACUCUGCCGCCAUAGCGUUCGGUGCUCUCUUCAUCCUCAAUAUCUCUAUUCAGACAACCUUCCAUUCAGCACCCUACGGUUACUCCACCAUUAUCGUCGGCCUCUUGUAUUUGCCAUCUUCUCUCGGCUACAUUGUUGCCUCACUUUUCGGUGGACGAUGGACCGACAAGAUUAUGAUGCGUGAAGCCCGCAAUGCUGGCCGCUACGAUGCUGAUGGCAACCCCAUCUUCCUGCCCGAGGACCGCAUGCGUGAGAACAUCUGGUUAGCUGCCAGUAUGUAUCCCGCCGCCAUGGUUUGGUUCGGUUGGACGGCGCAGCACGGUGUCUAUUGGAUCGUGCCCUGUGUUGCCAACUUCUUCUUCGGGUGCGGGUCCAUGCUCGUCUUUGGUGCCGUCACGACCAUGUUGACCGAAUUCAUGCCGCACCGGAGCAGCAGCGGUGUGGCCGUGAACAACUUUGUGAGAAAUAUUUUCUCGUGCGUGGGCACAAUCGUCGCUCAGCCGCUCAUCAACGCCAUGGGGAUUGGGUGGUUGUGCACCAUGAUCGGGUUGUUUGCGUGGGUUACUGGCAACCUGGCAAUUUGGCUGUUGAAGAGGAACGCGGCUAAGUGGAGGGAGAGUAUGGAUAACGCGUUGAACACGAAGACUUGAGCUUGAUCAGUUAGUAGCGUGUCUGUUGCUGUGUGGGCGGUUUCACACCACAAGGUGAAACAUUAAGCGGAGGAUACCAAAGAGUAAACGUCUGAGCGUUUGCUUCUGAUGGAAAAAGGAUUAUGACGACAUGAAUUUAAAUGAUUUGGUUAGAUACAUAUCGAUGUAGAUGGCAUACACAAUGAACAUUCAGCGUUGGAUGGUUGAGGUAUAUUAUAAGUCUAGUUUCAAUCAGUGGUGUAUACCCGCAGAGGCUUGAUCUUUCCCUCUCAAUGUAACGUCAUUCAUCCUUGUG